AUGGCGCUGGCACUUGGCGGGCAUUCCCCCGUGAUCAUCCCACAGCCCAGGGCUGUGCGAUCGGCGCCCAGCCGGCGAUCAAUUGGCCAGGGCACAGCUGAAGGAGUCUUCUUGCUGUCGACUGGAGUCCUUGUCGCUCCCCACAUGGGCAGGGGUCUGCGGAGAAGCCUCGCAGCUCGAGCUGGGGUCAAGGCUUGCGCCGUCACUGCACCAAGGCCGCCGCAGAGAGAGAUGCUAGCUGUCCAGCCGGAGAGCCCUCUGCAGGAGGCAUCGGCAAUCCACUCUGCAUCGAAGGCACAGACGCCGGUGCCAACUUCCCGAAGGAAAGGCAAACCUUUCAUCGAUUGUGUAGAUAUUGUCAACAAGCAUGUGAACAAUGAGAUGCCGGACGAGUUCUGCCGUGGCGUGAGCACCGGCUGGGCAAACCUGGAUCAGUUGUACAGACCCGUACGCGGCGAGGUCACCGUAGUGACCGGCACGCCUGGCAGUGGCAAGUCCGAGUUCCUGUUCUCAUUGGCACUGAACCUGGCGAUGACCCACGGCUGGAGGUUUCACUGCGUGCCGUUCGAGCACAAGCAGAAGGACUGGACAGUCCAGCUGCUCGAGAAACUCCAUGAG